UUAGUUCAAGAAAGAUUUUGGCCGUUAACUCUAAGAUCUCAUAUACUUCAAUCAUCGAUAUAUGUUGAUCUAUAUACUAUUACUUUAGGUGUAAUGUUAUUUGUAUGCUAGAAGAAAGUAUAGAGAACUCCUACUCAUAUCCAUGCUAGUAGAAGCGACAUGGACACUGAAGAUUCAUAUAGCUGACCCUGACUUAUUUGGUAUUUGAGGUGUUAUUGUAAUUAUAUCUAUUGACAGGUCUUCUUGAACCACAUGAACUAUCAUCGAUGAACAAAGAGUUCGACACAUUAGAGAAUCAUCUUCUGCCUGUCAUCCUAGAAGAUGUACGCGCUCGGAGGCCAGACCAACAGUCUAUUUCAAGUAUUAGAACUGGCCCCAGAAACAUGAUUGAUCGUAGUCUAGUUUUCAAGAGGAAAAACAUCAAUGAUGCUAGACCAGAGAGAAUUAAAACACAGCAACCUUAUAAAAGAAAAGAGUGUAAUUCACUUAAGCUUCCAAAACCAUGGCCGAGAUCAAGUGCUUCGACUUGGCAAAGCAAAAUAUCAUCACGAGAUAUGUAUUCUGUGGACAUAGGAGGCAAGAAGAGAACUGGACCUGGACGAGAUUUGAUGGUGUCGAAUUCCAAUACUCACUCUUCAAUCACCUCUUGUCCUUUGUAUGUGACAUCUGCUUAUGCUAGUAAACAUAGAGAAACCGGAAAGACUAAACUCUCUUCCUCUGUCUCGACCACUAAGACUCCGAUAAGAUCAUCUACAAAGAGUAAAAAGUUUGAAAAUCUUAGUUCCUCUCAUAAAUCACCUCUCAGUACUACAAAAGUCCGGUCCUUGGAGUCAUCAUUGUCAGCGUCUAGCACCAAUCGAGCUCACAGUGAUUCAAAUAGUCGUCUCUUAUUGCCUCGAAGUCAGCUUACAGGACCUGUUGCUUCAGUGCCAAGGGAGAAUCCCCAACCAUCCGGUCUUUGUAUGCCAUCGCCAAAAUUUGGCUUCUUCGAUGAGGAUAUGUCAGUGGAGAGAACUUUCGAUGGAAACUCGAAUCAACCACAGAAGCAGAGAACGUCAGGAAGUAGAGAUAAAGGGAAUAGUGCUGAAGCAUCAAACAAAGUUAAAAGAGCUAGAAGUCCGCUAUCCAUUUACAGUGUAAACCGAGAUUCGAUGAUAAAAACACUAGUUCUAAGUCCAAUCAAGUCACGAUAUGCUGCAUCGAUACCUAAGACAAAAAAAGCAUCAAAUGCGCGAAAAGAUAUCUUUGAUGUACAGUCUAAGUAUCGAACUGAUAAAUCUAUUGAGAUUGACAGAAAAGUUUGCUCAAAGUUGAGGAAAGUUGGAGCUGGAGAACAUGACAGAAAAAGAGUUGGACUAGUAAAUGGGAUAGUAAAGACUAAGGAAAAAAGAGUGAAGAUGGUUACGAAAGACGACAAGGCGAUCAACAUUACAAUUACUCCUCAAUCCCAAACAAGUCUGGGUCGGUUAUAUGAAUCUUCACUGUCCAUGUCGCUCAAUUUAACCCCGUCUCGGGACAAGGGGAUUACAAGCAUUGCAAAAUCAAGAAAUCAAGAAAAUGAAGUGAAUGAUUUGAGUAGAUACUUGGAGGCCAUUGAUUUGAAUGAUGGAACAGAAACACAGCUUAAACAGAGAAAGAGUUUUCCUCAUAUGAGAACUCCCUUGGUUGAGAAAAAAAAUGUUGCAAGCCCCAUGUCAGAACCUCUAAAAAUGCGCUACUUUUAGAAUAUCUGACAGGCAUUCAACGACGUUUUUGAAGAGUCUGAACAACAUAAAUGCAAACAAUUGAUAGAUACUUAUGUUGUCUGUCAAAUUAUGUUAUUGUUUGACAUCAUUUUGUUUUUAAUGCAUAAUCCUUAAACUCUUUGAAUAUGUUUGAAAGUAGACAACUUUGCUUUUGUCACUAGCAUGAGUUGGCCAUUGAUCAACC